CUCGCUCCGCCCCCACCUCUCUCCGCCCCGCCCCCUUCGACACCGCGGAGGAGUAUGGGUAGAAAGCGGGGCUUCGCGGAAGCGCCGGUGGAUUCCAAGAUGGCCGCGGGGUGCUGUGGAGUGAAGAAGCAGAAGCUAUCGAGCUGCUCGUCCUCUUCCACCUCUUCUAACAACUCUAACGAAAACCACUGCAAGGACGUGACCCGCGCCAACGGUUUCAGUGGCUGCCCUGGUGGCAGGAACAUGGUGGUCAACUCGGAGAUGUGCUGCUUCUGCUUCGACGUCCUGUACUGCCAUUUGUACGGAUAUCAGCCGCCCCGGAGCCCACGAUUCACCAACGACCCGUACCCAUUAUUUGUGACGUGGAAGAUUGGCCGCGAUAAACGGUUGCGAGGGUGCAUAGGUACAUUUUCUGCCAUGAACCUACAUUCAGGACUCAGGGAGUACACUCUUACCAGGUACCAUAGUGAAAAGAUGACACUGAGCUACUCAGAGUAUCUAGCUCACCGCCAGCAUCACCACUACCAGAAUGGCAUUGCACACCCUCUACCACCGUACAACCAUUAUUCCUGACAAUGACUUGCAUGACCAGUCACUUGAUCUUUCAGCGGACCUCUUCCCAGGGGACCCUUCCCCUUCUUGGUCUAGCUAUCUCUAUUACUGUACCAUUUUAUGAUGUUAGUUUCCGUUGCCAUAGUGGCAUGCAGCUAUUUGGCUGAUGUCAAUUUGGCAACGGGUGGUAACAACUCAUAAUUAUGAAUCAACGUAUUUUCUUUCAGCAUGCCCUUUCAUAAAAUAAGUUCCGAAGAAAUUCACUUUUUUUUUUUCAUUCCCAAAACUUCCUAAACCUGUGGAUGAAUGGAAGGAGAGUUGAGAUAAUUUAGGUUGGUCCAGCUUGAACUCUUAAUUUGCAAGAGCAGGGUUAAUCAAAUAGUAUCUUUGUUCUUGGGCAGAUAUUGGACCUACAUUUCUUCAAUGAUUGGAUAAACCUUCUUUAAA